AUGCGCCAUAGCAGGCCCAUGUGGCCCAUCAAGAAAGAAGAGGAUGAUAGAAAGGCGUCGCAGCGAGUGAUCACCAUGUUUAGCGGAGGACCGGGGGGUCUGAAGAGACGGCCGUAUCGCAAAACCGACGAAAAGAUUCAAGGUAUACGGUCCGUCCUCCGAAACGAUCAAUCUGCCCAUUCCUUUGACAAUGUGAUACCCCCCUCACCUACACCGACAUACCUACCACAUGCCAAGCGCGAAAUCGGAACCAAGGCCGCCGCCCAAGCUGCCCAGAACCACAAAAAUUACGAAUCCUCUCUGGUGCAGAGCCUCAGACGCCUGCAAGUCGAGAGAGAGGCAAAACUCAAACCGCCAAAGCCUGAUGUCCCGAAAAAGAUGACGGCAGACAAGGAGGCAAAGGCCGACCAAUUCCUGUCGGACAGACGGUUCCACAAGACCUUUGCGAGUGGGGAGGUGGAUGCUGCGUCUCUGAAACGACUAAAGCCAGGCCAGUGGCUGGAUGAUGAGAUUGUAAACAGCUAUUGUGGGUUGAUGUGUGAGCGGUUCGCCAAUGGCAAAAAUGGCCGCAAGGUUCAUUUCAUGAACUCGUUCUUCUACAAAAAGCUGUCGGAGCAGGGUUACGCUGGGGGCAAAUUAAAACGAUGGACGAAAAAGGUCGACAUCUUUGCCCUAGAUACCCUGGUCUUUCCCAUCAAUCAAGGCAACAUGCACUGGACGGCCUGCGCCAUCAACUUUGCUCGCAAGCGCAUAGAAUACUACGAUUCCAUGGGAGAUCAUGGCAACGCGCGUAAAAGCGUGUUUAGAGAUGUCCGAGAUUAUUUGAAUCAAGAGUAUGCGGACAAGAAGGGUGGAAAGAUGGACUGGACCGGAUGGACGGAUCAGUUCAACAAGAAUACACCACAACAGAAUAACGGCUCUGACUGUGGUGUCUUUUCUCUCCAAACGCUGGAAAUGGUCGUCCGCGGACGAGACGUGGUCACUCUGGGCUUUGAGUUUACAUGUCAGAAUAUGCCAUUCCUGAGACGGCUAAUGGUGUACGAGAUUGGUGAGGGACGGUUAGAACAAAGAUCAUGGGGGGCGCCAGACUUAUAA